GGAUUCAGUUCUGCUACAACCAAAAAGACCAGUGUUUACUUUUCAUUGAAAGAAAACAUUCCUAGGAGUGGAAUGGCUGGAUCACAUGAAUCUGAAAAGGAAUUUGGAAGGGGAAAUCUGGAGAGGUGAAAGAAAAAAGAAGUGUGUGCUAUCCCAGAUUCCAAAUUAGAAUGGAGACUACUUGGUAAACUAGCAGAUGAAGAUCUUGAGGAGUGUGCCUAACCUUCUUCCCCUUGGCAACUGGUAGUCUACUCUGAGAACCACCUGGCACACCAUGGGGAAACGUGACAACCGAGUGGCAUAUAUGAAUCCUAUAGCACUGGCCAGAUGGAGGAGUGCAAGCCAGUCUACAGGCCCAACUAUUCAAGAUUAUCUGAAUCGACCAAGGCCUACUUGGGAAGAAGUAAAGAAACAAUUAGAGAAUAAAAAGAAAGGCUCCAAGGCAUUGGCUGAAUUUGAAGAAAAAAUGAAUGAAAAUUGGAAAAAGGAGCUUGAGAAAAGCAGAGAGAAAGUAUUAGGUGGAAAUGUCAGUUCAUCCAAAAGAAAAGAAAAAAAGAAAAAGAAAAAGAAAAAAUCUUGUCGGUAUACAUCAUCUUCAUCAAGCUCUGAUUCGUCAAGCAGUUCUUCAGAUUCUGAGGAUGAGCCCAAGAAACAAGGGAAAAAGAGAAAGAAAAAGAAGAACCAUUCCCACAAAUCAUCUGAAAACUCCACCUCUGAAUCAGAAUCGCCAAGCAAGGAGCUUGCCCCAAAGAAGAAAAAAGCAAAGGAUGAAACUGAAAAAGAAAAAUAUACCAAAAGCUACAGCAAGAAAAGAAAGAAGACUUGUCCUGAGGAAAAGCCAUCCUCUUCAGAAUCCUCAUUCGAAUCAGAUUAUGAAGAGGAGGUACAGGCAAAAAAGAAAAGAAAAUAUGAUGAGCAAGAAAGAGAAAUGGAAAAGGUGAAAAAGAAGAAAAAGAAGAAACAUCACAAGAAACACAGUAAAAAAAAGAAGAAGAAGUCUAGUUCAAGUCACAAGUCAGUGUAACAGAAAGGAAAACCAAACAGGCUUUCCAUAAUUAAAAUGAAGCAAAAUCUAAAGGAAACUUCAACUGUGAAAAGCUAGGUUAUAUUUACCAAAAUGCAUGAGAUUCUCUGUGUUAAUAAAGUUAUUCUGAACUUUAA